GUUGACGCAGCAACUAAGCAGCUACAAACAAUACCUCCAGCGUCCCACUACAGCAGUACUACAACAACAGCAGUCUACGACUAUCAUCGCACCUUGCGUCCUUCGUACCGCAGGAGGAGCACCAACGGCCAGGCAACAACAAGAGCACGGGGCCCAGCACGCUCCAGGCAACCACAGCCUGAAGCCCUCAUCUUGGUGGCGAAGAUUUCGGUCCGCCACCGCUGCGGUCAGGCGACGAUCCUGCAGCGGAAGAAGCACCCAAUAGAGCGAGAGAGAUUGUCAUGGAUCCAACCCUACCGAGGCUGCUACCUGCGGCAGCGCCGCCCGCGCCGGAUCACAGCGCAGCACAGCAGUCGACGCGGAACGGGCUGUCGAAAGGCUCAGGGAUCACGAGCCAGCAUAUACGGUGGGUGACGGAGCUGAGAUCGGCGAGGGGGCGGUGGUCGAGCGAGGUGCAAGGCCCAUGGACGCACACGGAGGACGCCUACUUCGAGUUCGUCUAUGAGCUGUUUCGCGAGGGAUUGCUCGAGGGCAUCGAGGUCGGCCUGCCCCUCCGCUUCUUCAUGUCGGAGCUUCUUGGGUGCGAGGUGAAGCGCGUGGACCAGAGACUCCUGGCCACGAGGCGGUCGCCGGAGCUCGGCUGCCCGAAAUACUCCACGCGCCGGCUGACCGACUUCGAGCAGCAGUCCCUCACCGCGAAGCUCAUCAAGUUGGAGCAGGCCUUCCUUGCUAGGGAGCGCAACCCCCUCAACGAGCGCGUAGUCUUCGAGGCGUCGGCGGAGGCCCGGCGAAGGGGCUCGGCGCGAGCGUCGGAUGCACGGGCCCCUCCCGGGACCGCCGCGCGGGCAGCGUACGUGGAUCCACGGACCCCCUUGUCGGCGUCGCUACCGGCGGCGUCGGGGAGCGGCGCGGCGCCGCCGGGAGGCGGAGCCGCCGCCGGAGCCGCAACAACCCAACCCAAUGGCCGAGCCGCCAGCGGGGGAGCUGGCGACGCGAACGAAAGCAACGGGGUACCCGCGCAUCCCUCGGCGGUGCCCCCAGCGGCAUCGGCACCCUCGGCGGCGGUGGGAGGUAGCACCUCCUCCUCCUCCUCCGCCUCCGAUCCCAACCAUCCGGGGAGGCGUCGUCCGCCGACCCCUGCUAGCGGCUCGCAGCCUGGCGCCCAAGAGAGCGCGUCAGCCCCUCCGGUCCCGAGAGGCCUUCUCGCGGAGGCGCUUGCGGGACCCGGUCCGGCCACCCCUGCCCCCGCCCCCGCCCCCGAUCCGCUUGCUGGUUCGGUGGGGCGCGAGCUCGGGCAGAGGCUUCUGGGAGUGGCGAGAAACGCGGCGAGCGGUUCGUGGGCGGAGGAGCCGGCUAGGCAGAAGCAGAAGACUACCGCGACUACCGUGCCGAGCUCUCAGAUGUACUCUUCGUCUUCGAAUUGCGCGGCGGCGGCGGCGGCCGCGGCUUCGGCGUCCGUUACGGGUACGGCUUCUUUCGUGGCGGCGGCGGAGAGCAGACCCAACGUACCCAUGUCUUGGGACGGGGAGGUGCAGGAGACUCCCGAAGACCUGGCGGCGAUGGAGUACCUCAAGUGGGAGUUGCACGGCAAGUUCAUGGCCUUCCCGGGAGAGCAUUAUCACAACCUCUUGGCUAACCUAGCGUCGGAAAUCUACCACAAUCGGUACCCUGUGGAGCACGGGAUCGACAUACUCCAUGGGGUCAUGCGAGACGCCGGGCCUGAAGCUUUGCAGAAGUGUGCCGCCACGCUCAAGAGAAUGAACCUCCCGUCGAAGAUGACCAUCUAAACGCCGGGAUGGAAAAUAAGAUAGAGAAGCUUGUUCGGAGGCGAAAAAAAUGUUCAUCAUGGAAACAAAAAUACUGGCAAUAGGAAGAAAUUAGGCAGGUUUUUCUUGAAAAGACCGCCUACCGAGUAGAAGACGGUGCACGCGAGUGUUUUCUGUUUUGCGGGUGAGUGUGAGUGUCGAACGAUUGGCCAAUGAGGAUCGACUCUCCUGUGCGAUGGGCAAGGCACGGCGGACAGGGAAAUUUGUCGGUCAAGGUGCUCAAUUGGGGGUGAAAGUCGAGAAGAGGGUGAGUUGGGAACCCUGUUCAGCCGUUCACCAAUCUGGAAGUUCUCACUUGGUACUGCUGCAUCGAUCGGUACACCCAAGUUGUUCUGGUGCAAGGCGGCGAUUUCUGUGCUGCUGGCUCUUCUGACCUUGUCUCGUAGACCCUGCAAAUCGGUGAAUGUGGUGCUGGUUCUUCUGACGUAGACCCUUGAGUCCGGCUGAAGAUUUCAUGUCCCGCUGUUGGUAGUGGUGUUGACGCUAGGGAAGCGCCUUGAAGUUUGCUUAGUGCGGAAGGAGGCGUGUCAUGUUCCAAUUCUCUCAGAACUUUCGUGACCACUUGUUAACGUGGGGGGGGGGGUCAGUUUCGUCCGCUUCUUGGAGGUCGUGUACGGAUGGAAGGGUUGGCCUGUUUCUGAGGGUGCGCUGCACGAUUUGCGUUUAUGUUGCCCCGAGCUUAAACCAAGGGGAAUUGCGCGACAGGUGCUCGGGUGGAGUUGUUGUUUCGGCGUGAAGGGAGGCCACGUGGUGUGCGAUUAGACCAUUUGUUGGAAGGAGGGAGGUGUUGACCUGUAUGUACACUGCUACUGUUGUGGAACCGUGAGAAAUAUUUUCAACGAAAGCCGUCGGCGACGUGUGCUUGCUCUUUGCCUUGUUGUGCUGGAUGCAGCCGUUAGUCCUGCACCAUGUGUUUGUUUUUCGAAAACGAAACGGUGACGACGCCAAUCGAGAUGAAGACCACAAGUACGGGGCGUGAACGGAGGUGUUCAGCAAUAACGGAGGAAGCUACACCACGCACCCUUGCAGGAAGCACCGACUCUCGGCGUUGCUGUCAUCUUGACGGACCAAAGGGUAUCAGAAAGCGCUUUCCACUAGCUAAGCGAAGAGAGACCCAACCCUUGCUCCGUUUUUGAAGGUGUCUCACCAAUUCGUGGAUCGCAGUAUAAAGUCUGGGGCUUUGCUUCAGAGCAAGGAAACGGGACCUGCUGGCCCACAUCCACUCGCUUCACUCAACUGUCUGCCUGCCGCGUGCGCGUGCUGCGCUUGCGUACGAAACAACAAGAGCGCGUCAAUAAGGCUUCACUGCCGAAACGACUGCUGUAGCAGACACAUUCCGUUCAAUCCCGUCACGGGAGAGGGGAGUCCUUGGGUGUCCUGCGCCCAUUCGUCUUGUGCAUAGAAGAAACAACAGGGCGGGUAGCGCUGGCUAGAAGCUGAAACGCGCCUUGAAUGUCUUCGUUCCACCAUCUAGAAGAAAUUAAGAGAGUUGAAAUAUGAACGUAUGUCCUCGAGGUUCUACUUCAGUUGAAGAGAUUUGGAAGUUCGCGUUCUCUCUUGGUCCCUGUACUGAAGUCUACCGGUACUCGAUACCAAGACAGCCACGUUCGACUCAAAACCGAAACAAUGCCCCCGCCCCCCGUUGACCCUUCAACCCCGUCACGGGAACGUGCACGAUUGACCCAGACGAUCAAGUCUGCUCCUACCAACAGCUACAAAUCUUCGACCAAAGAUACAUACGACUUGGAAGUUAUUUGAUGGGCCAGACGAUGCCAAGCUCGACGGCCCCAGAGGUUGGCCUCGGAAAAGAUUUCUGCGCCUCGUUCACAUCGCUCCAACUCCUACCCUACCCUACUACUGUGCACCACUGUAGACAAGUUAUUAUUCCGGAAUUUGUAAGCAUACUUCCUUAGUUCCCUCCACAGUUCCCCUCACCAUUCAGGCGGACAUGGACAUGCUAAUCGUUUGAGCAUGUACCGAAGAACACUCUGGCAUACGGUUGCCAUUCGUUCAACUCCCUCACGCAACCUCAACACGCCAACAAGAGAUGUUCCAUCUGGUGAUCCGUCCACCCUUCUCAGCUUCGGCAACACUUCCAAGCCAACUGACACUCCUGACGCGGAUAUUUUUUCGGUUCCCGAGCCAGGCGAUAUGUAGGCCACUACUGUAAAUACUGCCCCCCCCCCUAAUGUGCCGUCCUCUCGAGGACGCGU